UUCAGUGUACGCGGUGACGUCACGACGUAAGGACUCACACAACCGCAUUGUUGUUGGGGGAAGAGAAGCUCGGGCAGCCGCUGAGCUCUGCCGCUUCUAACAUUGUUAUAGAUCAGUAAUUACCCUGAUCACAGUAACAACACUUUGAAACCGGCUCCGUCGCCCUGGAUACCUGUCGGUCACUCUCAAUCUCACCUCGGUUCAGCGCGAGCCGCGGCCGCCGUUGGAUGAGCGGACUGAAUGUGGAUUUAACUGCCGCUUCGCUCCGCAGGCCGCGCCGCCAUUGCUGCUGUUUUUAUAAGCUGAAUUCGUGAACAUACUGAGGGUCGUUAAGGCUUCACAAUGAAGAAGAAAAGUCGACAUCAUCGACCUGCGGUGCUGAAGAGGGAUUCGUCUCCCAUCAAGCCUUCGCCCAACCGGGAGACGCUGACGUAUGCACAGGCUCAGCGGAUUGUGGAGCUGGAGGUGGACGGCCGCGUUCACCGGCUCAGCAUCUACGACAAGAUGGACGUCAUCUCUGAUGACGACCCCACGGCGCAGGAGAUCAUGGAGUGCAACAGCAACAAGGAGAACAACGAGAAGCCCCAGCAGGUCCUGGUGCGCUCUGUGCGCCUCAAAAACAACCAGCAGAAGAAGAACGCUGCGCUCAUGGCCUCACACGGCUGCACCGGCACUCAAGGCAGUACCGGCGGCCUGUUGGAGCCAAAGGUUAGAACUGUUGAAUACAACCUGCCAGUGGUGCCGAAGAGGCCGGUGUCGUAUUACAAAUACACGGAAAGGACGGCAGAGGAGCUGGACGAGGAGGUAGAGUACGACAUGGAUGAGGAGGACUACGCCUGGUUGGAGCUCUUCAAUGAGAAGAGGAAGAGCGAGGGCAUCAGCCAGGUGUCGCACAACCUGUUUGAGUUCCUCAUGGACCGCUUUGAGAAGGAGUCGCACUCGGCUACACAGGGUCAGAGCGACCUGCAGUCUCUGGUGGACGAGGACGCUGUCUGCUGCAUCUGCAUGGAUGGAGAUGGAGCAGACAGUAACGUCAUCCUCUUCUGCGACUCCUGCAACAUCGCUGUGCACCAGGAGUGCUACGGCGUGCCGUACAUCCCUGAGGGCCAGUGGUUGUGCCGUCACUGCUUGCAGCGUCCGUUGCGGCCCACUGAGUGCGUCUUCUGCCCCAACCGAGGCGGAGCCAUGAAGAAGACUGACGAUGACCGCUGGGGCCAUGUAGCGUGUGCCCUGUGGGUGCCUGAAGUUGGCUUCUCUAACACUGUUUUCAUCGAGCCCAUCGACGGUGUUCGUAAUAUCCCACCAGCGCGCUGGAAGCUCACCUGCUACCUGUGUAAAGAGAAAGGUACAGGAGCGUGCAUUCAGUGCGACAAAAUCAACUGUUACACCGCCUUCCAUGUCAGCUGCGCCCAGAAGGCCGGCCUCUACAUGAAGAUGGAGCCCGUGAAAGAAGUGAUGUCGUCCGGUGCCUCCACCUUCUCUGUGAAAAAGACCGCCUACUGCUGCAGCCACACGCCUGAAGGCUGCGACCGCCGGCCGCUCAACAUCUACGAGCAGCUGCAUCCGAAUGGAGCCUGCCACAAAAGGGCGGACAAGAGGGGGAAGUCCCGGGCCAAGGGCUGGCAGAAGAAGAAGAGUAAACGAGGGGAGCCCGAACCAGAACCGGAGCCUGAGACCCCCACCAACUCUGGGCCCAGUAUCACUGCUUCAAGUUUCGACACCAUCCUUAACCAGGUGGCUGUUCAGAGGAAGCGUGUGUUCGUUGAGCGAGUGUUGAGCUACUGGGUGCAGAAGAGGCAGUCGAGAAACAACGUGCCGUUGAUCCGCCGGCUGCAGGCCAACCCUCAGCCGCCCAAAGUCAAGAAGAUGGACCGCAUGGAGACGAACCAGGCGCUGAAGGAGCAGCUGAAGGAGUGGCACCGCCUCCGGCACGACCUGGAGCGAGCUCGCCUGCUGCUGGAGCUCAUCAGGAAGAGAGAGAAGCUGAAGAGAGAGGAGAUGAAGCUGCAGCAGUCGGCGCUGGAGGUCCAGCUGACCCCCUUCAACAUCCUGCUGAGAGCCGUGCUCAGUCAGCUGCAGGAGAAGGACCAGUACAGUAUCUUCGCUCAGCCCGUCAACAUCAAGGAGGUUCAGGACUACCUGGACCACGUCAAGGACCCCAUGGACUUCUCCACCAUGAGGAAACGCAUCGACGCUCACGACUACAGGAGCCUUGAGGACUUUGAGGCCGACUUCAACCUCAUCAUCUUCAACUGCAUGAAGUACAACGCCAAGGACACGUUUUUCUACAAGGCCGCUCAGCGGAUGCAGGACCACGGAGGAGCCAUCCUCCGCAGGGCCCGCAGAGAGGCAGAGAGGAUCGGCUUCGACUUCCCCAGCGGGUUGCAUCUGCCCGAAGCCCCGAAACAGGAGACGCCAUCCCCCUUCUCCUGGGAGGACGUGGACCGGCUGCUGAGCCCCGCCUACCGCCAGCUGACGCCUCUGGAGGAUCAGCUGAAGGAGCUGCUGGAGAAGUUGGACCUGAGCACGGCCAUGAAGCACAGCCCGUCCCGCAGCAAGAGGCUCAAACUGCUCAAAAAGACCAUCAUGGAGGUCCGCGGCGAGAUGAGCCUGAAGAAGUCCCUCCGAAAGCCGCGGCUAGCGGCCCCUGAGCCCGACCCAGCCCCCGUCGAGUCAGAGGAGAAACCACUACCUGAACCCCCGGCAGAGCCCUGCACGCCGAAGGAGGUGAAACCUCUACCUCCGCCAACGUUCGAGCUGCUAACGUCACUAUCGCAGCUCGACACCUCGCCCAGCGACUCGGAGCCGGCCCCUUUGAAGGGCGUCAUACCCAGCAUGCACCAUCCUCCCGUGGAGCUCGAUGGCGACACAGACACGUCUACCUCAGUGCCCGCGGACACACCCAACGGGCACGUCCCAGACCCGCUGCUCCCCAACGGCGACAUCCACACCGAAGCCUCUGGCGCCUGCAACCGACGCAACAACGUCCUCUUCCGCAAGUCCAAGAGCACCAGCCCCCAGAAACCACACAAGACACAAGAGGCGUCCGCUGUGCCGCCGUCCCCCCUGGGCGCCAAAACUUUCUUGUCAGUGGUUAUCCCUCGACUGGAGACGCUCCUCCUGCCGAAGAAGAGGAGACGCAGCAGCAGCGCCGAUGGCGAGGAGGAGGACGAGGAGUCGCCGAUAAAACGCCUCGGCACAGGAAUAGCAAACGGUUUUGUGGUGGAGGAAGAGGAAAUCUCAGUGUCUCCCCGUCUACUGGAGCCUCGCCGCCGCUGUGCCUCCGAGUCGAGCAUCUCCUCCAGCGGAAGCGUUCUAUGCAGCACGAGCACCGUCAUUGUGCCUAAAAGCGGUAAAGGCCGCUCGCCGGCAGCUCGCCGGAGCACCGUGGACGACAAAAGCACUCUGAUGACCUGCAUCGAGAACGGAGAGUUCACCAAAGCUGCCAACAUCUCUUCAGAUCACGGACCCCAGAGCGCGGAGGACGGGGUGUCGGCACAACGGGGCGGAGCUUCCCCCGCCGCCGCAGGUCGUCCUCAGAGCCGGAGAGCGGAUGCAGUUCAGGUCCGCAGAGAAACUCUUCCUCGUCCACUUCUUCGACAGCAAGCGCAGCUGGCAAUGGCUUCCUAGAUCCAAGAUGGCUCCCUUCGGGGUCAACCAGGCGCUCGACACACUCAAGCUGAGGGAGGCUCGCUCCUCCGGUAUCCGAAAAGCUGUGCGGCUCGCUUUCGACCGAGCUAUGAACCACCUGAACCGUGUCAGCGGCGAGCUGGAGCUGA